AUGAAGAAUUGCAAGCAGGUAAGACCUAUUGGUGCUCAAUUACAACAUAAAAAUGCAGUCACAAAACAACACGACUGUGUGCUCAUGGCUGGUGAUAAUUGUAAUGCAAAUAAAUUAAUCAAUUAUAAUUUUAAAAAUGAAAAAAACUUAAAAUCAGAUGCAGCAGAGCAGCAGCCAACCCACUCACAAAUGAAUGGAUAAAUAUAGCCUUCACCCACAGGAACUAGCUCUGGGAGACGAUCAUAAAAACAAAUUUAGUAACACCAAGAUCAAUUGAAUAAUCCUGAAACUAGAGCACAAAAUGGAUAGCCGACAUCAGUUCCAUCAGUUUAAUAAACUUAACAAAUCAUUUAGCCUCAACAGCAAAUACCCCCUAACCAAGCACCUCAAACUCAACAAUAAAUGAUCCCUCAAAUUAAUCAAUAAUAGCCGCCACCUGGAGUAUUGCCUCCUCAGUAAUAAUAUGCUGGAACUCAACAAUAAAUUCCAGGACAGAUACCCCCACAGAUGCAAAAUCGACCUCCUGGAGUAGCCUCAAACAUUCCAAUGCAAUAGUAAAUGAUACCUGGUUAGAUAAGACCUUAGCAAUAAGGCUACCCUCCUCAAUAAUUCCCUCCUGGUUAGUAGAAUAAUCCAAAUUAUAUGGUUCCUCCGAACUAAUUUGCUGGCCAAAUUCCCCCUCAAAAUGUGGCAUCAAAUUAGUAAAUGUAUCCAUAGUAAUAGUAUCAAAGAAAUAAUAUGAUGCCUUAAUAGAUUCCUAAUCAGCAAUAUCCAAAUGGUUAACCCCCUUAAGUUGUUCCUAAUUACGGUUAACCAGCUAAUCAUGUUCAAGCCACUUAAAUGUCCUACCUGAGUCAGCAAAAUAACUAGUACUUGGGGCCAAAUAGCAUGAUCAUCUAAUAAUAACAGCAGCAGCAAUAGAUGAUAUAGAAGUUCGACUAAACAGUGUAGAACUAUGUUCAGAAUAUGUACUUGGAGAAGGCUGAACUGGGAGGCAUAUAAGUAGAAAUGCAAAAAACCAACUACAAUUAUCUGUCUAAAAACUAUGAGAAUUUUUUGAAGAUCGCUCCUCCCUAGGACAAGAUGAACUUUUUAUCUGAAACUCUGCUAAAGAGAAAGAGUUUGGUUAAUAAAUCUUCGAAGAGAUAUAAAGCAAUAUCAAAGAAGAAAGAGCCGAAUUCGGGUCCUGGCAAUAGGAACUCUAAUAAAGCUACACUUAAAUGUCCAGUUUAUGCUUGCUUCAGAGAGAUGCAUGAUGAUUAAUAAUUAAUGUAGCAUUACAACGAGGCUCAUUCGAACCUUAAGGCUAUGGGUUUAGAUCUAAUCCUUGAUGCCCAAUCUAGUUAGUUAGGUGGAGGUCUGAAAACCAAUGUGAAGGGCAAGAUUCACAAUAAUCUUUUAACAUAGACGUUGAUAAUAUCGAUUCUGCAUAAAACUUAGGUCAAAGAACUUCUUCAAGAAUUGAAUGAUGAACUGCCUGCGUUAGAUUGA